AAGUAUCUUGUCAAAGAAUACUCCAUCCAACUAAAUAAAACUAAAAUUAGUUAAUAAAAUCAACUAUAAUAAUAUGGAAACAAAUCAAGAAGCUAGUUUGAAAACUUGUAAAAUAGAAACAGAUAUUGAGACAUGUGAUGGUUCCUUGGAUGUCUUCAAAAUUGAAAUCAAGGAAGAGCCCAAGAGAGAAUGUGCAUGGGAACACCAAGCAUUUGAUUAUUUGGACUUAAAAGAAUCCCCCCUAAAUACUGAAGUAGAACAACAUGAAUAUAAAUUGACACUAUUUGAAGAAAAACCAACAACAAAUGAAGAAAGUUGUUCCCAGGAGGAGAAUCGAACGAAAAUCGUGGAAGCGUUACAUUCAUCUCAUGAAAAAAAAUGUACAGGUCAACACGCUGAAGGAAAAAUAUUAAAUAAAAAUAAGAAAAUUGCGACUGGACAAAAACAUUACAACUGUGAAAUUUGUUUAAAGCAGCUUAGCCACAAGAGUAGUUUGGAAAUACAUUUGAAAUUGCACACUGGAGAAAAGCCUUCCCAGUGUGAAAUUUGUUUAAAACAGUUUAUCCAAAAGAGUAAUUUGGAAAGACAUUUGAGAUUGCACACUGGGGAACAGCCUUACAAGUGUGAAAUUUGUUUUAAGAAAUUUACUGAAUCAGGAAGUUUGAAAAAGCAUUUGAGAUUGCACACUGGAGAAAAGCCUUACAAGUGUGAAAUAUGUUUAAAACAGUUUAUCCAAAAGAGUAAUUUGGAAAGACAUUAUUUGAGAUUGCACACUGGGGAACAGCCCUACAAGUGUGAAAUUUGUUUUAAGAAAUUUACUGAAUCAGGAAGUUUGAAAAGGCAUUUGAGAUUGCACACUGGAGAAAAGCCUUCCCAGUGUGAAAUUUGUUUAAAACAGUUUAUCCAAAAGAGUAAUUUGGAAAGACAUUUGAGAUUGCACACUGGGGAACAGCCGUACAAGUGUGAAAUUUGUUUUAAAAAAUUUACUGAAUCAGGAAAUUUGAAAAAGCAUUUGAGAUUGCACACUGGAGAAAAGCCUUACAAGUGUGAAAUAUGUUUUAAGCAAUUUAGUCAAUCAUAUAAUUUGAAAACACAUAAUUUGAGAGUGCACACUGGAGAAAAGCCUUAUAAGUGUGAAAUUUGUUUUAAGAAUUUUACUGAAUCAGGAAAUUUGAAAAAGCAUUUUAGAGUGCACACUGGAGGAAAGCCUUAUAAGUGCGAACUUUGUUUUAAGGAAUUUACCGAAUCACGUAGUUUGAAAAGGCAUUUGGUAGCGCACACUGGAGAAAAGACUUAUAAGUGUGAAAUUUGUUUUAAGAAUUUUACUGAAUCAGGAAAUUUGAAAAAGCAUUUUAGAGUGCACACUGGAGAAAAGCCUUAUAAGUGCGAACUUUGUUUUAAGGAAUUUACUGAAUCAGGUAGUUUGAAAAGGCAUUUGGUAGCGCACACUGGAGAAAAGCCUUAUAAGUGUGAAAUUUGUUUUAAGAAUUUUACUGAAUCAGGAAAUUUGAAAAAGCAUUUUAGAGUGCACACUGGAGAAAAGCCUUAUAAGUGCGAACUUUGUUUUAAAGAAUUUACUGAAUCAGGUAGUUUGAAAAGGCAUUUUAUAGCGCACACUGGAGACAAUCCUUAUAAGUGCGAAAUUUGUUUUAAUGAAUUUACUGAAUCAGGUAGUUUGAAAAGGCAUUUGAUAGCGCACACUGCAGAAAAGCCUUAAAAGUGCGAAAUUUGUUUUAACCCUUAACCGGAGAGGUGCCUUCUGACACCCGUGUUGAGCUGCCCCCCCCCUUUGCAAAAAUUAAAAAACAAAUAGCCCUGAUUUAUGAGCUUUCAUAUUCCUCAAACUAAAAAUUUUGAGCUCGUUCCACUGAGCAGGAAUUUAAUACUUUAGUGGGGGGGCCUACUUAAAAAUAGGAAUAUUGAAUCGGUUUUUGCGGCAGAAUUACGAUCUAUUUAUGAGCUCUUGAAAUUAUAUAGUUUCGAUUUUUGAGCUCAUCCCCUUCACCCCAAACAACCCUUUAAUUGAUUUAACUUAAGAGAAAAAUGCUGAGAAAACUUAAAAUAUAUCGUAUUGCGGAUAUAAUUCCUAUAGCUUAUAUACUCUAAGAAUAAACUAUUAAAUCACGUGCAUUUCGAUUAUUGAGCUACAACCCCUUCGCAAGAAAACCACCCUAUCUUCCCGGCUUAAGAGAAAGUUGUACUUAAAAUGCAUUAAAUUAAUUAUUUGGCGACUACAUAUCAUUUAGUAAUUUAUAAGCUCCCAAAUUACGCGCAUUUAGAUCAGUAAAUUGCAAUAUAUUUUGUAUAGUGCAGUACUGAAGGUAAAAAUCAACGAUUACCUUCAAUUUCGGUGAACCUUAAUCGAUUUUCACGAAAAUUGGUCAGUGGUUAGAGGAUACCUCAAGAAACAAAGGUGACAUGGUACCACCUUGCGCCUUUACCCUGAGGGUGGAUACCGCCCCUUCUCGUGGGUGAAAGUUAUUUUAUAAAAAAUAACUGCACAAAUCAAUAAAAGAACAAAUUAAAAGCAAAAUUUACUAUAUAAAGUUAUUAAAAUAAGUCAAUACUUUUUAAGUUAUUAAAGAUCAAAGAUUUUAAUUAUUCGUGAAAAAAAUGCAUGUUUUGAAGCGGUUUUUCGUAAAUCACUGAAAAACUAAGUUUUUACAAAAAAGUUAAUAGUAGUUUAAUUCGUAUAGCUUAUAUUCUAAGAAUAUACUCUUAAAUCACGCGCCUUUCGAUUAUUGAGUACAACCCCUUCGCAAGAAAACCAUCCCAUAUUCCCGGCUUAAGAGAGAGUUGUACUUAAAAUAAUUUAAAUUAAUUAUUUGGCGACUACAUAUCGUUUAAUAAUUUAUGAGCUCGCAAAAUAUACGCAUCUCAAUUAUUGAAUUGCCAUUUUCUUUCUAUAGUGCAGUCACUGAAGGUAAAAAUCAACUAUGACCUUCGAUUUCGGUAAAUCUCCAUUCAUUUUCACGAUUUGACAAUAACAACUUGCGGUUUUAGCCUGGGGUAUAUGUCACCCCUUCUCGGGGGUGAAAAUUACUUUAUUAAAAAUAACCCCACAAAUUGAGAGAGGGACAAAUUCUAAGCAAAAUUUGUUAUAUAAUGUUAUUAAAAUAAAAAUAAAUAAAAUUAAAAUAAAUCAAUACUUUUUGAGUUAUUAACCCUUAAACGCCCAACCUUUUUUAGGUUCCAUGUACGCCCAAGGGUGGGUAAAAAAUGUCCACCUCGAAAAUAGCUAAUAUAUUUAUUGAGAGUUGUUGGAAAUGAAUUAAACUUAAGAAUCUUAUGCUUAAUAAACACAGCAUCUUCUAAAAUAUUAAUAUAAACAAUUUACAAACCUUACAACAAAAUUACAAUGUACAUCAAAACUAACAUACCAGGAAAAGCCAAUAAUUCAGAUUUGUCGAUUUUCUCCACAUUCUUCCUUUCAGCCUCCUCAUUGGCGGAUAAUUAUGUAGACUAUGUAAUUAUACGUCAAUAAUUAUAUGGAUUAUCUUCCUACCAACGAGAAAUUAUAUAGAAACCUUAAGGAACAAGUUUUACCAAGGGUGUACUUUUUAUGCCCAACCAUAUUUAACUCAAGAUGCUACUUUUAUUUUCAAAAAUAUCGUACAACCAAAUUAACAUUCGAUAAAGGGCUGUCUUUUUAACAAUAAAUAAUUUAAAAAAAAAAAUUAAACACGUAAUAAAUAUGUUACAAGGGAAUACGCAUUAGGUGGACAUUUUUUACCCACCCUUGGGCGUUUAAGGGUUAAAGAUCAAAUAUUUUAAUUUCUGUGAAAGAAAAUGCAUGCUUUAAAGCGAUUUUUCAUAAAUAACUCAAAAACUGUAAGUUUUUACAAAAAAGUUUUCAUCACUAAAAUUGAAGCUAAUAAUAAAUAGUAUAAUAAAUUGCUUACUUGAAAAACCCUUUAAUGUUAAUUUAAAGUAAGUGAUUGGUAAUUAAAUGUAUAUUUUUUUCUGCGAGUGUUCAAGUCUAAGGAUUCAAGCUUAAAUAACGGGAAAGAGAUGCAUUUUAUAACACUUGUGUACUAAAUAAUUGUCAAAGUACUUAGAAAUACCUAUCAAAAAUGAGCUCCAGAAAAAGUUGAUAGCAUCAAAAUUUAUACUUAUAAAGUAUACAGCUAUAAAACUGUAUUACAUUUAAUCUUUCAAAUACUUUAUUUUUUUAGAUCAUAUUCAAAAUAAUAAUUCCAACAAUACUCGAUGGACGUAAAAAAUGAAAGAUUUUACUUGUCUUUUGAUUUAUGUAUGAAUCAAAAUAACGAAGAUAGAAAUGUUUAAGCCUAAAUUCUACUACGAGAACAAUGUAACUGGAGCCCUUUAACCUAUUAUCCUAAAAAAUAAAAUAUUUGAAAGAUUAAGCCGGUACUUUAUGUCUCGUUUGACAGCCGGUUAGUUAACCGGAGUUUAAUCGGGACCUCUUUAGGGUCUCUUGCGUUGUAAUAAAUGCAAUUACAAGUAUUAUGAUUAUAAAUAAGAAUAAUAAUAAUACUUAUAAUUGCAUUUAUUACAACGCAAGAGACCCUAAAGAGGUCACGAUUAAACCCCGGUGAACUAACCGGCUGUUAAUCGAGACAUAAAGUAUCGGGCCUAAAUGUAAUACAGUUUUAUAGCUCUUGAAAUUACCUUUCAAAUAGUUGGAUGUGCCUGAUAUCAUAAAAAUUAACAGAGUGAUUAAAAGAAAUUCAUUUUUUUUGUAAAAAUUUUUGGAGUACAAAUUUUAAUGCUAUCAACUUUUUCUGGAGCUCAUUUGAUAGGUAUUUCUAAGUACUUUGACAAGUAUUUAGUAAGUGUUAUAAAAUACAUCUCUUUCCCGUCAUUUAAGCUUGAAUCCUUAGAUUUGAAUAGUCGCAGAAAAAACUAAACAUUUAAUUAUCUAUAACUUACUUUAAAUUAACAUUAAAGGGUUUUUCAAGUCAGCAAUUUAUUAUAUUUUUUAUUA